AUGGGGGGCCUAUAUCACGAAUUACAAUUAGGCAAAAAAAUUUCAUCGAGGAAGGUACUAUUAUGUUUGGCAAUUUUUAUCAUAUCAAUACUAGUCGAUAACAAUAAUGUUUUAUGCCAAGAAAAGAAAAAUGCAAAAACAUCAACAAAAAUAAAAGUAAUAAAAAAUGGAAAAACUAUAAAAACGCUAAAAAAAUCUGAUGCACGAAAAAAAAAAACUGAUGAGUUUAUGCUUAUUUCACCUGAUGGCGAUAGUGUUGAAGAGUAUUUUGGAGAUAAAAAUGCGUUCGAUCGUGGUAUUGGUUAUAAGGGUGCUCUUUAUGAUAAUUGUGCAUUUGAUUAUGCCGGUCGCCCUUAUCCAAGCCUUAUUGGCUUGGUACCCGACUUUAAAGAUGAUAAUGAACGUAAUCAAUUCAUUAAAGAUCAAUACAUGAUAGACGAAAAACGGGCUUUUCGUUUGGAUUUUGUAAAAUUCGAUGAUGAUUUCGAUACCCCAUUUCUCCGUGAAAACGCUUCAAACAUUUAUAUGACUCAAUGGGAAGCUAACGAUCCUGUAGAAGAUAGAUGCCUUGUAACUCUUAUAGAUUUGAAUGAAAUAGAAUUAAAACCUUUAAAAAAUAAAUUCGAACCUAUAAAAUCAACUCAGGAAAUGUUUAUAGAGCAUGUUGAUGAGUAUGUGUCAGAGAAGAUGGACGAUUUUAUAAAUUAUUAUAAGGGAGUAUUAAAAAAUUCUACGGCCAUACCUAGGCAUUAUAAUCUUGCUGAUGAUGCUGAUAUUUUUUAUAAUGAUGGUGACUAUGAACCAAUAUCAAGUAAUACUUCAAGUUCUAAUGCAGACUCUAGUAGUGAUGAAAAUACAAAUACUGGAGAUGUAUUUAACCUUAAAGAUAACCAAUAUCUAUUUACUUCUGUUAUGGAUGGACAUGGUGGUCCAACAAUGGCUGAAAUAUUAAGAAAAUGGUUACCUGCUUACGUUAAAAAAAAUUUAAUGAAGAGAAUAUUAAAUGGCAAAUUAAAACCCCGUGAUAUUGUAGCAGCUAUAGAAGAGGCACAUGUAGAAUUUGAUAACGAUGUUCUACAAAUAACUUUAAAAUUUAAAAGGACCAUUUAUGAUUAUAAUCCAAGUGGAUCAUGCGCAUUAAGUAUUUUAAUGGAUAAACAUAGUUACUAUGUAAGUAAUGCUGGUGAUUCAAAAUCUCUUCUAUUAAGACCGGAUGAUUUUGUUGUACUAAAUAACGUUCAUAAUAUUGCUGAACCUGCGGAAAAAGAAAAAAUGAUAAAUGACCAUCCUAAUGAUAAGAAAUUAAUUUUAGCUAGACUUGGUAAGGAUAAUAAAAUUUAUCCUAGCAUAGAUUAUUCUGAAUUACCCUCUACUAAAAAAGUUGGCCCAUUAGGAUUAUAUAGACCCUUACGCAAAAAUGCUACAUAUAUAAAAGGUUUAUUACAAUGUACAAGAUCAUUUGGUGAUUAUUUCUUAAAAGAAAAGGAUUUUGCUGGUAAAUAUUUGAAAAAAUUAGAUUCUUUCCAAGGGGAUAUCUCAUUUCCUUAUAUAACUAGUCGUCCAGAAGUUUUUGCCAUCAGAAGAUCGAAGAGAGAUAGAUAUCUAGUCCUAGCAAGUGAUGGUGUCACAAAUGAUUUAAGUGACUUUAACAUACAUGAUAUUGUUAGUAAUUAUGGAUUUACUCUUGAGGAAGCUUCGAAACUUUUAGUUGGCGCUGCUAUCGAAAAUCAUUCCUCAUAUUCAUCAUUUCACCGAAUAGAUAUGAUGGCUUUCAAUGCUAAAAAAAGAGCGUAUCAUGAUGAUUCAACUGUAAUACUUUUGAAACUAUUUUAA